AUUUUGAAUCUUUUAUGAGUCAAGUCGGUAAGAAACGCUUAUACGUAACAAGUAGCCGAUUCUAAAUUAUCCUGAAUUCAACACUCAAAGUUAAAUGGCAUUAAUUCCUCCGGUCACACGCCUUACAUCCUCCAUAAUACGUAUACUGGGAUGUAAUCCCAGUCUUAUGACGUUGCAAGGCACCAAUACCUAUCUGCUUGGAAACGGGAAAAAACGGAUACUGAUUGAUACUGGGGAUGAAGAUGUUCCUCAGUACAUAGAACACUUAAACGAUGUACUUUGCCGGGAGCAGGCCUCCAUUGCCACUAUCAUCCUGACUCACUGGCACCAUGACCAUGUCGGUGGUAUUAAGGACAUUGUGGGCAGCAGACUGGCAGACAAUGACUGUCAAGUAUUUAAGUUUAGUCGGACCGAUGCAAGUGAUGUAUGCCCAGAGAUCCCAGCUCACAUAAAAUUGCAACCGAUUUCAAACAACCAAGAGUUUUCAGUAGAAGGAGCCAAUAUGCGUGUUGUACACACUCCAGGACACACCACGGAUCAUAUUGUAUUAGCAAUGGACGACGGGACGCUUUUCAGUGGGGACUGUAUAUUAGGCGAGGGUACUGCCGUCUUUGAGGAUCUGUACGAAUACAUGAAAAGCUUGGAUACAAUUUUGAAAAUCCAACCACAGCGUAUCUUUCCGGGGCAUGGCAAUAUUAUUGAUGAGCCUGUUCCCAAGAUUGAGUACUACAUAAAUCAUCGCACCAAUCGUGAACAGCAGAUACUCCAGUUCUUUAGCCAACGCCCCCAUAAGCGUUGGCAAUCAAUGGAUGUUGUGCGGGUGGUUUACAGACAUACCCCUCAGAAGCUGUGGCCCGCUGCGGCCUACAACGUAAGCCACCAUCUUAAGAAGUUGCAAAAGGAGGGAAAACUGCUGCUCAACGAGUUAGAUGAAGAAGCAUUUUAUGUUUACAAUCCAAUAAGUUUGCUCUAGAUCUAAGAUACAUAUUCAGUUUUUUUUUUGUUUUCUUUCAGAAUUGCAAUGUUUAUUAAACUCUGAUGUAAGAUGUAAGUUACAUGAAAAAACCAAAACCAUUGCCUUGAAAAAAAAACCACAAAAUUUUAAUAUAUGAGAAACAUAAGUUUUGGAUCGUUGAGUAAAAAAGUUUUAUUUCGUUG